GGGUGGAUUUGUUGGCCAGACAUAGGAAACGGUUGAUUAAUGUAGCAGACUGAAAUUUAUAUUAGUAGCAAAGUGUAUGCUUUGUGUAUUCUAUUUACAGUUUUCAGAUAAAAUCUAGGCAAGGAUGAUGCUUUCGAGGGUGGUUAGAAGUAGGUUAAGUCUAGUUCCAAAGGCAAUGUAUUCUACUGAACCACCAGCACCGCCUAAGAACGUACUAGAGGAAGAGACUAUUAAAUCUCAUGAAAAAUAUACUAAUGGAGUUAUUAAUGAUAAGAAACCAAUAAAACUCGAAUUACAAGCAGAGAAAGUAUAUUGGUGGUGUCUUUGCGGACAAAGUAAAAACCAACCUUUCUGUGAUGGAACUCACUUGAAUAUCUUCAAAUGGAUCUGGCAAAGACCUGUCAAAUUCAUGGUACCUGAAACUAAAGAAUAUUCACUUUGUGUUUGCAAGCAAACCAAGAACCGUCCAUUCUGUGAUGGAACCCAUAGGAAACCAGAGGUGCAAGAAGCUAAGUCUCUAGUUGAGUUAAGAGCUUAGAUGAUAGUAUCGUUAUAAUUGUACUUAGUAUGUCCCUUUUUAUAUUUAAAAAAUAAUAUUGAUUAUUUCGGAAAAAAAUUACUAUACACAAUAUACAAGUUGUUUUGAUAUUUUUAAUAUAUACAUUAAGUGCCUAAUAUAAGAUUCUCUACCAAGUCGUUACAAUAUUUUAAUUUUAGGAAUAUUUUAAAGUGCUACUUUUUCGGAAUAAUCAAUUAUAUUAAUUCGCUAAAACGGGUAAUAAAUUGUCUAAUUACUUGAGCAAAUUUUUGUCAUUUUGCAGCCUUUCGCCUAUCAGGAAUUUUUAUAUAUUCUGAGCUUGUUAAACUUUCAGCAGAUCAAUAAAAAUAUUUUAAACACA